CUUUAUAAAUUCUUCAUUUCAUCUUCUUCCCAACUUACAUUCCUUUUCACUGCUCCCAGGCAACUCCCCUCUUGCAGGAAGAUCCAAACCUAGAAACCAAAGCUGCCAUGGCCGGAGUUGAGAUGCUGCCAAGGGAAUACGGCUACGUGGUAAUCGUCCUCGUCCUCUACUGUUUCCUCAACUUCUGGAUGGCCAUCCAAGUCGUCAAAGCUCGCAAGAAGUAUAAUGUUUCCUAUCCUGCUAUGUAUGCUUCAGAAGCUGAAAACAAGGACGCCAAGCUCUUCAACUGCGUUCAGAGGGGACAUCAGAAUUCACUGGAACUGAUGCCUGUAUUCUUCAUGCUGAUGAUAGUGGGAGGAAUAAAGCACCCUUUGGUGUGUUCUUCACUGGGUACUGUUUACAUCUUUGCUCGUCUCGGCUAUUUCAUAGGCUAUGCUACAGGGGUUCCUGAGAACCGCCUUACAAUUGGGAAAUACAAUCUCGUUAUGAUUUUUGGCCUCAUGAUUUGCUCACUAUUUUCCGGAGUGAAUAUUCUCGCCUCAUCAUGAGCAAGAGGAUGAUCGGUAACGCUCUCUUCCCCGAGAGAACCCAUACACGUUUUCUUCCAUCUUGCGUUUGGGACGACGCGAUCCGCAUCUCUGCACUCUUUCACUCAUGUUAUACACUGUGUAACAUUAUAUGUGCUGUUGUUUUAGCCGUUUUCAAACUCCAACAGAAACUGUGCCAACCAUAUGGUUUGCGUUAUUGAUAUGAUCUAAAUAAAGUGUUUAUGCGUCU